ACAUCAUCGAGCGCUGCACAAGAGGAAACAUCUGUUUCUUCAGAAGAAAGUGCUCGUCAGCACCGCGAGGUCGCAGCAUUGCCGUCAACACCAACUACAGACGUCGUUCCACGGCUCAUGGUGUCAGAGUCGGAAGAUGAAGAAACGGCACAACUGCCAAGUUUGUUGCUGUCUCUACACCAAGAGACCACAUCGCGCAAACGCGCCCGUUCGUGUGAUGGCUCUGCUGAUGACGUAUCUGAGAGCACCAGUGGUCCUCGUGGCCCCCGUGCUCGUGGUGGUGGUCCCCGUGCUCGCGGUCGUGGUGGUCGUGGUCGUGGUGGUCGUGCUCGCGGUCGUGGUCGUGGUGGCAACUAAUCAUAGCAGAAUGCCAACCACACUUUUGACCUACGAAUAAAAUACAGUCAUCUCCUAUCAAAUAAUUUUUUCGUAUAUCAGUGGUCGCAAUUAAUUAAAAAUGAACACUUAUUUUGCGUGUAUACUGCACAAUGCAAAUAUGAUUUGUCAAAGUUUUAUAAUAUUUUUGCAUAUAUAAUAUGAAAGAAGGCCAAUGGAGAAAUGUGAAUAGCUGAUGAAGUAUCCAAUGAUGCUCCCAAACGGAUACAGCUAUACGUACAACGACCAAUAAGACACGAUGUAUGUACCCAAUCAUAAACACAGUUGAACGCAUUUCACGCUUCAACCGACCAAUAAGACGAAUCAGAGAAACCACGCAUAUUAAG